AUGGCAGAAUGUCAUUUAAAUGCUGCACAAUUUAUAGAAAAGAAUAUUGUCCAAGCUACUAAAACUAGUGCCCAACAAUUAGAAACUAAAAUGAGUGUAAUUACAAAUGAAAUUAAUAGAAGAAUUAAACAGCAUAAUGAUAUGGUUAGUACUGUUGAAAGAAUUAAAGAAAACAAACAAAAAGCAUUAAACCAAUUAAAAAAGCUUAAAGAAGAAAAAAAAGGAAAAAGUGGAAAGACUUAUCAAAAGAUGAAUUGUAAACAAGACCAAAUAGUUGAAGACAUUAAAAAAUAUAAUACUAAUCUAAAGAAUUGUGUUAUAAUUACUAAUAAAAUUAGAGAAAAUGUUUAUGGUAAAGAAAUGAAAUGUAUGUUAAAUCAAAUUGAAGGUAUUGCAUCAGAAUGGAAUGAAUUGUUGAUUAAUAUGUUUACUUUAGGAAAUGAUCUUGAUAUAGAAAUAUUAAAAAAUACAAGUAAAUAUUGUCUUAAAACUCAACAAUCAAUUCAAAAAAUAAAUUGGACGAAUGAUAUUGAAGAAUUUGUAAAUAAAUGGAAAAAUGUUCAUUCUGUUAAUGACAUUAUACUUACUUCAAAUGACCUUGCUUUAGAUGAUCAUAUCCUUUGUGAUGAAUCUACAUUAGAAAUGAUUCAUAAUAAUGGAUCAAGUGGUACUCAAACAAAAGAAUGUCCCUCAAACUAUUUACAAGUUACUCUCUCAGAAUAA